AUGGAUCAAUCUGACCCGAGCCACAAAUCAUUCACCGAGACCCAGGACUGCGGUAUACCCCUUGACGUAAGCUCUGCUGAACCGUCAAAAGAUACCGUAGAGGAGAAGAAAGCAGAGAGGAAGGUUCCUUGGAUGCAUCUAGGCAAUCCCAACACACUAUCAAACGGAUUGUCUGAGUCUUUUACGAUGAUUGUGACUCCAUCCGAGCGUGCGAAAUUGAGGUUUAGUAUCAGGGGUUCUGCAAUAUUGACCGGCGGAGCUGGAGCUCUCGCCCUCGCCUCUGCCCGUGCUCUCCUUGAACAUGGUCUUUCAGGCCUAGGCCUCCUGGAUCUUCCAGAUUCUUUCAAGAAAGCUGACAUCUCCGAUGCGAUUCAUGCUCUCCGCAAAGAUUUCCCUUCAGCGACAAUCCUCAGCGCAGGCAUCGAUGUUACAGACGCGGAGAGUGUGCCGAGGGUCGUUGAAAACAUGCGAUCUCAGCUCGGUCCCCUGAACAUCCUGUGCUGCUUUGCGGGCAUAGUAAAUUGUGUACUUGCGGAGGACAUGCCCGCAGACCAGUGGAGGAAGGUCCUCGAUGUUAACACAACUGGGACAUGGCUGGUUACGCAGGCUGUUGGAAAACACAUGAUAUCUGACUCCGCCGCCGGCCGUAUUGUCCUAAUAUCCUCCAUCAGCGGUCAUCGUGUAAACUUCCCGCAGCCCCAAGUUGCCUAUAACGUCUCCAAAGCUGGAAUAUUGCACAUGCGCGCCUCUCUUGCAGCCGAAUGGGGCCGGUAUGGAAUCCAUGUUAACUCCAUCUCGCCCGGAUACAUGGACACGGUGCUCAAUGCCGGUGAUUCGCUGGCGCCGUUCCGCCAGGUCUGGGCGGAUAGGAACCCGAUGGGUAGAAUGGGAGACCCGCAAGAGUUGACGGGAGCUGUGGUGUUUUUGUGUAGUGAGGUUGCGGGUAGUUAUGUGAAUGGAGCAGAUAUUGUCGUUGAUGGUGAGUUCAGAUGA